AAUUUAUAAACAUAGAAAUUUAAUAAUUUAAUUUAAAUGACGAUAAAAAGGUUUUUGUGUUUAUAAAAAAAAGCUAAUUUAGGAAAAACAUGUUUACAAGAACGAAUCGACAAUUGAGGCCAUUAGUGACUACGCAAAUACGUUUAAGGAAUUUAAUCAAAAUCACAGGAAUUAAUUUCGAAUGUGAUGAUAAAAGUUAUGCUGUUUAUUUUACAUUACAUUUUAGUGCAUUUUCCAAGCCAUUUUACACGUCGAAAAGUGUGGAAAUUCGUAACAGAAAGGCAGAUUGGCCAGAAAUCAAUUGCGAGAGAUAUCGAAACAGCUCUCAAAGGUUCAUUUGUAUCCGUAUUUGGCAAACAAUAGUUAAUAAUAGAAGUGAAAACAACAACAAUGAAGCUACAGCUGAUAAGAUGCUCUUUCUAUGGGGAGUCUAUUUCUCUGGAUUAGUCAUUGUCUCAAAUUUCGAAAACGGACGAUUUAAGUCAAAUACCCUUUUAUUUCAUCUCGAUGGUGGGAUUUUUACGUCCUGCGAUCAAAUCAAUAAUCAAGAACAGCACCAAAUAAAUCAGGAACAAUUAAAAUUUAAUAAUUGUAAUAUCAUUCCAUCGUUAAUCAUUAAUGAAGAGGCAGAACAGCUGGACAAAGACUGUGAUAAAGAUAGAUACUCAAAUUCUAAUUUAAAUAAUUUUAUAAACGGCAAUAAUAUUCAUAGCUACAUCAAUAGUAACAAAUUAAGUCCAUCAUCACCACCAAAGUUCAUAGAAGAAUAUCAAGACGAGUUUGAAGUUAGUGUUAUGGAUAUCCUGAAUGAGUCAAUGUAUCAUAAAGUGCGAUAUGCACAUCUAAACAUCACAAGACAUGAGAUCCAGAAUAGCUAUACAAUUGAUAAAUUAAUUCAAAUGCAAGAGAUCCAGCGAGAAAUUUAUAAUAUUAAGGAGAAAAGUAAGCUACUAGGAAAUCGAAUUUGUAUGAAAAGUUCAGCAUGUCUCGAUUUAAAUUUAAUUAUGACAAAACCAGUCUUUUAUGAGCCACAAAAACAAUCGGGAAUGGGACGAACAUUAAGUCGAUUAUUAACGCAAGCACCGCCAAAGCCUGAGACUCUCCUUAAAGGUCAUGAGUUAAAAAUUAAAAUUGAAUGUGCGCGAUUUCGCAUAAAAUUAUUGACACAGGAGCGAGACAGAAGUAGACAAUUUAAUCAGCAAUUAAUGGCCAAACGGGAAAAACUUAAAGACGACAAUAUUGAGAUGGAAACGUUAAUUUGGAAUAGCUUAAGAACAUUAAAUCGUGAGAAUUUGAGAAUGUAUGAGGAGAAAUUGGCAUUGCAACGUGAAAUCUUUACGAAUGUUAGACUGGCCUUGUUGGAGACUCGACGAUUCUUAUUGAAAGAACUAAAUGAAAUUUAUACAGUGAUAAAGAAGAACGAUGGUCAAUAUACAAUUAAUGGAAUUCAUUUGCCUGAUGCUGAGGCUUAUGGUGAAUCAAAAACAAACUCUGUCGAUAUAUCAAUUGCUUUAGGCUAUGUUGCUCAUACUGUUCUCAUCAUUGCUGAUAUAUUAAAUGUGCCACUAAGAAAUCCAAUUAAGAAUGAAGGCUCAAGAUCAAAAAUUAUUGAUAUUAUUAAAGUUUUUGAAGUUCCAAGUGAUCGAAUCUUUCCACUUUUCUGUCGUGCAUCACCGGUGUCAAAUGCUGUAUUAUAUGGCGUAUAUUUAUUAAACCAAAAUAUUUCGCAGCUUAAAUUCAUGUUAGACAUGAGUAAAGGAGACUUACGAGCAACUUUAGCCAAUUUAUGGGAUCUAAUGAAUGGAAUUAAUGCUGAAAUGUACAGUAGACGAUUUGUAGAAGAUGUAAAGCCAAUUGAGAAUUCCGCUUCUUCAAUGGACUCCGUUCCUAUCAAUGUUCCACUAUCAUUAAGUCCACACAUAGCUAGACGUAAAUCGCGGUCGCUACAAGAUUUUGACGACCUUAUGGACGAUUUUCAUGAUAAUGUUAAUUCAUCAGCGCCAGAUCUAUCGAAUCUACAAAUUGACAAUUAAUCGAUUUUCUGUUAUAAUUAUUUAAUUGCAUAAUACUGUACUCCACAUAAGAAAUGCCCUCAAUCUAUGAUUAUCAUUAUGAAUAUUAUAUAUACACGUUCAUUUUAA